GCUGUUUGGUAUCCUUCAGCUAUCUGAGGGUUAACAAGCGAAGAGCUCUUGUACAAGCAGGGGAUGUUCCUGGCAGUGAAAAGUGGAUCUGUUUCUGGAUGUAAGAAAACGGCUCACUGUUCAGUCCAACAGCAGCCAGUGGUUUGGGCUGAGACAUUUGAAGAUCCGGCGUCUCGCUAUGAACCGAAAACUGCCUUCCUUCCACAGACUUCCUCUUUGCAUCCAGAUGUUGAUCUCCAUCUCCCCCCACAUGGCUGGGAUUUAGCUCAGGGAGAGAUGCUGCUGUAAGGAAUUCCCUUUCAGAAGAUCUUUGACAGGGGUUCCCCAGCUUCUCUGGAUGAAUGAGCGCCUUUCAGAUCCACACAAGCUCCUCCUCACUUUCCAUUCAGUCACUCCGAAGUGCUGUACAGAUGAGAGUUUUUCAGCUGAGCCCUGGAGAAGGCGUUGAUCCAUCACACAAGGAGGCAAGAAAACACUUCUGGAAGCACGGCAAAGCAGAGCAAAGGGAAGCCGGUGGUUGGCAACUCAGCUUUUGUCCCUGAUGGUGUUUUGAAGGAGCCACAUGUGGAGGAAGAAAGUUCUCUCUUAAGGUCACAGGACUUGGGUAGAAACUCAAGAACACAUUGGAGCUGGCUCUGCUGGUGGCCUUGAGGCUCUUCCUUGUUAAAUGAAACCACCUGAGGAAUAUGAGAUUUCCGACUGGCGAGGGAGGGAAGAUGCCAAGCUGGGUGAGAAGGCAGCAAGGCGGAUUUUGAUUCUUUGGUGUGGCUUGCACUGAGACCACGGUGGGGCGGGGGUGAGAAGGAGGGCUCCUUGGAGUAAAUGAAAGUGGGAGGAGAAGUGACACAGGAGCUGAUGCCAACUGCCAAGAUGACUGAAACCCUUCAACUCCCUGCACUGCAAGUCCCAGAGCAGCAGGAGGUGGAGUGUGCCCGAGCCUGGUCCAGCUCAUCAACGCCAACCUUUCGCCGAAGGCGGUUCAGGAUGCGGCGCACGAGGAACAUUCACGAGCAGAGCCUGGAGGCCGCACCUUCCUCAAAUAAGGAUUUCCUACAACUUCCCUCCAUUGAAAUCACCCCUUCUAGUGAUGAGGACACCCCCUGGUCGAACUGUUCCACACCCAGCGCCUCUCCGCGACGCAAGCGCUUCCUGCUCCGCAAGUGGCUGAAUGUCAGGGAGAAGAAGGAGUACAGUGAGAGCAGCAGCCAACAGAGCAGCCAACAGAGCAGCCAACAGAGCAGUCAUGACGAUGACACCUCCCGAUUCCUGAGUCCCCGAAUGCGUGACGGCAGCACUGCCAGUAACUCAAACCGCAGCACUCCUGCUUGUUCCCCUAUCCUGCGCAAACGCUCCCGGUCUCCAACGCCACAGGACCCCCAAGGAGACACCAUGGUGGAGAAAGGUUCAGACCACUCUUCAGACAAAUCCCCUUCAACGCCAGAGCAAGGCGUCCAGCGUAGCUGUUCCUCCCAAUCAGGUCGUAGCGGGGCCAAGAAUUCCAAGAAAAGCCAGAGUUGGUACAAUCAUGAAAGACAACACAUCCGGAGAGUACUGAGUCCGACCUACAAGCAGCGGAAUGAAGACUUCAGGAAACUCUUCAAACAGCUUCCCGACACAGAGCGCCUCAUCGUAGAUUACUCCUGUGCACUUCAAAGAGACAUUCUCCUGCAGGGCCGACUCUACCUCUCUGAAAACUGGAUAUGUUUCUACAGCAACAUUUUUCGUUGGGAAACAUUGUUGACAGUCCGUUUGAAGGACAUUUGCUCCAUGACCAAGGAAAAAACUGCACGACUCAUUCCUAAUGCUAUCCAAGUUUGCACUGACACUGAAAAGCACUUUUUCACUUCCUUUGGUGCCCGAGACAGAACGUACAUGAUGAUGUUCAGGCUCUGGCAGAAUGCCCUUCUUGAAAAGCCCCUGUGUCCAAAGGAGCUCUGGCACUUUGUCCAUCAGUGUUAUGGUAAUGAAUUAGGGCUCACAAGUGAUGACGAAGACUAUGUGCCUCCUGAUGAAGAUUUCAACACGAUGGGUUACUGUGAGGAGAUCCAGGUGGAAGACAAUGAAGUAAAUGACAGCUCCUCCAAAAGCAGCAUGGAUGUCAAACCCGAGGCCAGUCCUCAGCUCCCCAAGAAGUCGGUCACCAACAGCAGCACCUUGACACCAACAGGAAGUAAUGAAGUUCCAAUCCCGUAUGAAGGAAUAGUUCCAGAGGAAGAGGAAAUCAUGGACCUCCCUACAGAGAAGGACCUGACCAUUGCAAACCUCAUUGCAGACAAGAUUGAGAUCAUUGCUCCUGUGAAUUCCCCAUCCCUGGAUUUCAAUGACAAUGAGGACAUUCCAACGGAGCUCAGUGACUCCUCAGAAACGCAUGAUGAAGGAGAAGUGCAAGCUUUUUAUGAGGACCUAAAUGGACGACAGUACAUGAAUGAGGUCUUCAACUUUAGUGUGGAUAAGCUGUAUGACUUGCUCUUCACUGACUCACAGUUUCUGAGGGACUUCAUGGAGCAACGGCGAUUCUCUGAUGUUGUCUUUCAUCCAUGGAAGAAGGAAGAAACUGGCAACCAGAGUAGGGUUAUCCUCUACACCAUCACCCUCACCAACCCCCUGGCCCCUAAAACUGCCACUGUCACGGAAACACAGACGAUGUACAAAGCAAGCCAAGAGAGUGAGUGCUAUGUGAUAGAUGCAGAGGUGCUAACUCAUGAUGUUCCCUACCAUGAUUAUUUCUACACGAUUAAUCGUUAUACAUUGACACGUGUUGCCAGAAACAAAUGCCGUCUCAGGGUUUCCACAGAGCUGCGAUACAGAAAACAGCCAUGGGGGCUGGUGAAAUCCUUCAUUGAAAAGAACUUCUGGAGUGGCCUAGAUGAUUAUUUUCGACAUCUAGAGAGUGAACUGACCAAAACUGAGAGCACAUACCUAGCUGAGCUUCACAGACAAUCCCCCAAAGAGAAGGUGGUCAAGCAAUCUACGGUUCGCCGGAGGAAACGACCUCAUACUCACCUGAGGGGUCCUCACCUGGAGGAAGUACUGAGCCCUGUAACUACUCCUACAGAUGAGGAGGCCGUAAGUCGAAUCAAGCGUGUGGCAGGUUCCACUCAAACACGGCACAUCCCCGAGGAAAGUCCUGGCAGUUUCCACCUUCAGAAUGUCUCCAAAUUGCUGCUCGUUAUCAGUUGUGUUCUGGUGCUUUUGGUCAUCCUUAACAUGAUGCUGUUCUAUAAACUCUGGAUGUUGGAGUACACCACCCAAACCCUCACAGCAUGGCAGGGCCUGCGGUUACAAGAAAGGUUACCCCAAUCCCAGACAGAAUGGGCCCAGUUAUUAGAAUCCCAACAGAAAUAUCAUGACACAGAGCUCCAAAAGUGGCGGGAGAUCAUCAAAUCAUCGGUGAUCCUCCUAGAUCAGAUGAAGGACUCACUAGUAAACCUUCAGAAUGGUAUUGGGUCUCGUGACUAUCACUCGGAGCCGGAUGAGAAACGGAAGCGAUUCUACUAGCAGGCAGGGACACAAGUGGCCAGAGGAUUGUGUGCAAUAUGUGUACAUAGAACAUAUAAAUAUAUAUAUAUAUACAGAAUAUAAAUAUAUAUAUAUAUUAUAUACAGAUUUUAAAAGAAAAAAAAAGAAGCCUAUGUACUGAGAAGAAUGAACAGUGCCGACCGACCUCCAACACUGGGUGAAAUGGAGCGUCACUGGGGUAGGGGCAAGAGGCAAAAAGGUUGUGCUCUCCUGGCACUGAGGCAUUAUGGAAAAGUUCAACCUAUGCCGUUAUGGGCCCGCACACCUCUCCUGGUUUUUCCUCCCCCUCCCUUGCUUUACGUUUGUCUGUCCGUCUCCGUUUCUGUCUCUGUCCAGAACGUUUUCAUCACCCAAAGGGAAGAAAUGGGAGACAAUGGGAUCUCCUUCCCCAGUGUUCAGUCGAACGUAAACAAAUGUUGCAAUGCUGUCCAUUCUGGCAUUUGGGACCAUUCUCGAGGAUCAUCUCUCGCUUUAUAACAUCACUUCCUCUGCAAGAAUGUUGCUGGCAUGCUCUUCGGAAGUGGUGCUACGUUUCUCGUAAAAUAGGGUUGUUGUUAUUUUCCUGCAGCGUCUUUUACAGGGUUAUCCUUUUAGCGCCACUUCGCAUGCUCGCUGCAUGCUUCUCCCACCCUCUGAGUGUAGAAACACCAUUGUGUCCUGGAAUGAAUUUGGUGAGUUAGGUAAGGAAAGAUUGCUUGUAGAGGACUCCUUCCCUUUGGGCCUUUGGUGCUAACUCUCUUCACGUUGGAGGAGUUGCCCGAAUGUAUUACCCUUCUUGUUUGAGCUUGGUGGUUUCCCCUCUUCAGUGUCAGAUACCUUCUGAUGGUUGAACAUUUGCAUCUUCAUCUUUAUGUUUCAUAGGAAACUGCUGCUUCACUGAAAGGGCUAUACAUACACACUGGAAGGAAAGUCCAAACUAAGGACCAUCUUAAUGGGGCAUCCCAUAUUAUUACCUAUGAGGUUUCUCUGGCAAACAAAUUGUAGACAGGGAAAAAUCCACAGAACUUACCAAGUGGCUUAAAACACCUUCAUCUGCUAUCAGAACCUCUACCCUGGUCAACACAACCAUUCUGCAUGGAUUUAUCUGCAUCUUGCACAUUCGUAAAACCAAAAUAAAUGCAUAAACAACAUCAAUUGCUUAUUAAAUAUAGGAAACCUUUCUGUUUCCUAAGCAGAUAGGUACAUCUCCUUUGAGAACCCAUGCAUGCUUGACUCUUGGAAAGCAAGAAAUGCAUGGGAGGUGUUGAGAUUGUAUUGGAGAUUUCUCUAAUAGUAACCUUUGGUGGCCAAUUGAGACUUUUUAAUAUAUUUUGAUAACUUAAAACAAACUCAGCAAUUGUGAAUUCCAAAAAAACCUGAGUUCAAA